AUGGGUAUGUCUGCGGAUCCAGAAGAAUUGGCCAAGAAAGAUCCGCUCGCCACACAAGUGUGGCGCAUGUAUGCGAAACAGCGUGAGCAGCUACCCAAUGCGGCGCGCAUGGAAAAUCUGACUUGGCGUCUUAUGUCGCUUACGCUGCGGCGCAAGCGCGAAGAAAAAGAGUCAGCGAUGGAGGAGCAAUGCGACGCUGUGUCGCACACCACUUUGGAUCGUGCGCCGCAGGACGACGCUCCUGAAAUGACGCGCGGACGACAAAAGACGGUGCGUCCAGUGGCAGAGUACCCCAUGAUGUCGCACGGUGUUUCCCCUUUGGCUCGUCUUGCACGCCGCUCACGUUCCCGUUCUGUGAGUAUGAUGGAUGUGGAUCGCGCGCAAUUGAACCGAUCCAUUUCGCGCAAUAGUAUGUUUAAGGACCGUACCACGUUUCAAGAACAGACCGCGCUGCUUGAUACUAUUGAUGAUGUGAGCAGCACACCUUCACCGCAUGCCUCAGCAUUCAAUGAACUGAUGAUGGCGCCGAACAUGGACCUUGCCGGCGGUCUGGAUCUUAAAGACCCGGCUAUAUUUGAUCUCUUCAACGAGCCUGCGCCUACUUCGCAGGUAAACAAUGACGAUCUUUUCAUGCAACUGUACAACUCCAUGCCGCAAGGCGCACCCAACAAGAGUGUGCUCUUUGCUCAGUCCCAGCAAGGAGCGCCAAAACUGCGCUCCGCAUCGCGCCAGCGCCUGAUGCACUCGUUUGAGCGCGACGCAUUCCACAACCUUUUUGACAAUAGCUCGCAGCCGUGGACUGCGGCAUCCCCGCUAGAGGAGCAUGCGCAGCAUAUGCUUGAAAUGAGUUCACGGCGUCAUGGUGCAAUGCAAAGCCGCGAGCGCGAGGACGCCUUUUAUGGACUUGACCUGCAUCUCGACAGCGUGCCUGGCAUUGACGACUAUGUGAGUCACCAGGCGAACCAGCACCCCGAGUACGGUUUCCUUCCUCGCCUCGUGCGCAAGACCUCGUUCGACCACAAAGUACGCGAGCGCAGCGAGUCGCGCGGCCCGCGGAAUAGAGUAACGCAGAACUUGAUCGACGAGCACGCCGAUAUGCGCUCUACGAAUUCAAGAAAGCGUCCAUUCCGCGACGCUUCCCCCAUUGCAGGCCUUCGCGCUCCCACAACUGCAGACCAGCGUAUUGCCGCGGGUUUGUCGCGUCAAACGCCCGCGACGUUUACGCCGGAACUGGUGCAGUACCUGCCAUCUUCCUUGUUUGGCUUUCCCGUCAAUCUACCGCCCGCAAAUCCCCCGCCGCAACACGACAUGGCCUUUAUGCAAGACCGGCGCACAAGCCAAAGCCCAUUAUUUGUGGAGAACGCGAGUAAUCUUUCGCGUGCGCCAAGCAAUACAGCCAUGCAUUCCGUGCCGAAUAUGGUGUACGUCAAUUCCCACGACAGCCCAUGUAGCGGCCCGAUCGGCGCGCCAAACGCCAUGCCGUCGAACUACAUGCAUCUGGACCCUGCCCAGCUCCUGUCGCAGCACAUAUUUCCACCGAGCAAUGCGUUUGCGCAGCAUACCAUGCCGCUGAACAAUGGCGCUGACUUUGGCAUGGCUAACGCAGCAAACCUGGAUCUGGGGGGCUUGCCGUCACCGAGGCAGAUGCCAGAGAUGCACUAUGGAUCGAUGCAAUAUGCAUCCAUGUUUAACCCCAUGGCGUCGCCAAACAUUGCGAACGGGAAUCCUUCCGUCUCUGGCUCGAUGGACAGCAGCGAUGCUGCGGGCACUUCUUGCGAUGGCUCGCGGCUUUCCAGUCCUGCGCACCGAAUGCUCGUGGGCAUCGGCGAGAACUCCACUUCGAGCUCGGCGGGCAAUCUGAGCGACAGCGCUCCAACUGUGUGCUCCAACUGCCAAACUACCACCACGCCUCUUUGGCGCCGCGAUGCAGACGGCAACGCAAUGUGCAAUGCGUGUGGCCUUUUCCAGCGACUGCACGGAGUCAUGCGCCCUCUCUCUUUGAAGACGGACGUGAUUAAGAAGCGCAACAGAACUGGAGGAGCGAAUAAUCGCGACGCGGCGCGCUCAAAGAAUGCUGCUGUCAAAGGACGCAGCGCCGGGAGUACUACAAAGACUAAAGACUAG